AUGUCUGCAGUGGUGAAGAACUCUCUUAAAACUCUUGUUCCUCCAAACAAGGAGAAGUUAAUUAAGCUAGAGAAACUUCAAUGUCAAAUCUUCAGAACUACAUAUAAUCCAACUAAGAUGAAAACAGGUGCUAAAAUAUUGUCUGCACCAUUAAAGGGUCAAACCUUGGGUAACUACUAUGGUCCAUCCGAUUUUCCAUCUAUUGCAAAGGUUGCAAGAACCCUCAGUACCCCAUCAUUUACUGUUAUUAACGAACCUGAACAGUAUAGAGUUGAAAGAGUUGAGGAUCUCAAGAGAAGAGGUAAAGGUGCACCAAAGAAGAUCAGGGAAGCUGGAGGUGCCGCUAAGGGUAAGAAGAAGAAAUGA